AGUCUGUGCCGCCUUGUCCAGUAUGCAACUAUGACAAGGAUUAAAACUGUGAGAGGUUUGGGUUUCCUUUGCGGAACGGUGCUUCAGCAAUUUACUCUUCUACUAGGUGCGACUAUAUAUAAAUAUGUAUGUUUGCUUGCUUGCGUAUUUGUGUGUUGCAGGAAAGAAGUUAAAACGAACAUAUUAUACACUACCAAACUCCAUAGCUAAAUUGAUGAUCACUUUAUGUUGAAAGUAUAAUCUUUAUUGAAAUUGUUGUGCUAGCUUCUAGACCACCAAUGGAUGCAACUUGAUAAAAAAAAAAUAAUAACUUCAUUAAUACUUAUAAAUUGUUCACAUCUAGUAAUCAAUCGCUUAAUGAUAUACGCAAAAAAAAAAAAAAAGCUACCGAAAUCGCAAAAAAAAAAAUCAUGUAAUGAAGUUCUCGUAAGGAUUCCCAAAGAUAUGGACAAAAUCUACAUUGUUAUAUUACGAAGAUUCUUCAAAUAGUGAUUGAAAAAGUUGGAGAUCUUUUCAAAUUUUAAAGUUACACAUCGUUGUAACUGCAUACAUUCUUUUGGUUGUGCUUUCGUUAUUAUUUGAAGAAUUAUCAGAGCAAAAUACUCUGAGCAAGCAUAGAAGCCGGACUUAUUUGUAAAGGUAGGAGUAAUUUGACAGUUCUACAACUUGUUAGCGGGUACACAGUAAUUGGUUGCUACAAAUAUUCUUUAGCGAUGAACUUCACAUCAUUGCACUUUGGAUGCUGACCGUUGGCUAAUUGGGAUUUACCUUAAAUCUGGACACGGACACAAGUCAUGUCAGAAAAUGAAAGGGAUUACACGAUCCCCAUAUAAAAACUUAGCGAAAGUUGUUGAUAUAUUUGUUAGAUUCGAAGGUUAAUUGCUUUUGAUAAGAGAAGGAGAAAAAGAGAAUUAUCACUAAUAACUUAUAAACAAGCUGUUAUCAACCAACGUUCAUUUGGAAUGUGGAACAUGUUUCUCGGCAUAUCGACGAAAAAUAACUAAGGAUCCAUUUAAGAGUAGAUUAGAAAGUAACUAAACAGCUGUCAUUUGAAACCGGUUUAACAGAGAAAGAAAACUUUACGAAGGGAAUCUUGUUAGAAUGUCAUCUAUUACAUCCACUGUGUUUAACAGUAUAAAGAGAACUGCAAUAAAAAGGGAAGAUUUUCGGCGAGUGUCCUUACGUGCACUCAGAAUGAUAGUUCGAACUUAAGAAGGAACUUAAAAGUAUAAGCCAAUUGGCAUCUUAAGUUUCAGAGUGAAGUGGAAGUUGUGUAUAUAUCAACGAAAGCAGAGAUGUUUGUGAAAAUCUCUGUUUGGCUCUCCAAAUAUAUGCGCACAAUUCUUGUAAGUUAUUAAGAAUGAACAAUCAUCGAUAUUGUUAAAAGUUUGGGAAUUUUGAAGUCUUCUACUGAUGAUUAAUAGACUUUGUUCCUUCACCUUUGGACUAAUCAUACUAACUCGGGGACUGAAAGAAGAAAGAAAACACAUAAAAACGAGAUAUUGACAGUUGCGCUUAAAAGCAAAAAAAUGAUAAUAAAUAAAAGCAAAAAUAAUAAUUCAUAAAUAAAAGUUUAAAAAAAGAUAAAUUGUCCCCGACUGAUAACAGAAGCAAAUGAAUUAUAUCAUUUUUAUAGACAGUUUGACAUUCUCGGAUAGAUUAUAUAGGAAGAGUAAUUGCCAAAGUAGCUGUUACCGUCAUGCCAUUCCUUGUCUACAUUGUGCUUCCUGUUGCAGUUAUUUGUUUGACAUUAUAUGUUGUACGUGUGAGAAGAAUCCUGCGAUUCCAUGGGGGCCCUCUGGUCUACUACAGCGACGUGACCCUGCAUGGGAAAACGGUUUUAGUGACAGGUGGCAAUACCGGGAUAGGAAAAGAAACAGCCCUGGAUCUAGCCAGCCGGGGGGCCAGGGUUAUAAUAGCUUGUAGAGACUUAGUCAAAGCUGAAAAUGCCGCCAAGGAAAUUAAAAAGAUGACUGGGAAUGAAAGUGUUGCGACGGUACAUUUGGAUUUGGCAGAUUUAGAAUCGGUGAAAAAAAUGUCACAACAAAUACUAAAGAAUGAAACCCGGUUAGAUAUAUUAAUCAAUAAUGCUGGAAUUGGCGUGAAGGUGAAAGAAUGUACAAAACAGAAUUUUGAUCUAUACUUUGGUGUGAACUACCUCGGACAUUUCUUAUUAACUUACUUAUUGCUCGACCUCCUGAAAAAGUCUGCCCCAAGCCGAAUCAUAAAUGUCAGUUCUCACGCUCAUAUAUUUGUUAAAAGACUUCCAAGUUUAGAAAGAGGAGAUCUCAGUGGGAAAGUAAAAUAUCCUCAAUUGUCUGGAUAUGCAACAAGCAAAUUAGCUAAUAUCCUACAUGCGCAGAUUUUGGCUAAAAAGCUCAAAGGUACUGGAGUUACUGCUAAUUCUUUACACCCAGGAAUGGUGAAGACUGAAAUACUGAAAAAUAAUCCCAUAAAUAGUAAAGAAUUACUUCGAAUUGAAAUCUACCGACUUCUCUUCAAAUACAUGGGUAGAUCUGCCAAGGAUGGUGCCAAAGUCGUCAUACAUAUGGCAGUAGACAAAAGUCUUGAAAAUGUCUCUGGCCAGUACUUUGAAAACUUGUCUAUAUCUUCUGGUAAUUUAAGCAGACUAGCUAAAGAUUUAAAUUUUGCUAAGAAUCUGUGGGAUAUUAGUUUAGAAUUGUGUAAUGCAGAAUUAUAACUGAACUAAAUAAGAUUAUGGAUUUUUUCAAUUACACCAAAAAAAA